UAACAUCAACGUCAACGCAUCAUCACAGUCGACUAGAAACUGAUUAAAUAAACAUAAAUAAAAUAUCUAUAAAUGAUAAGAAAUAAUCAGUUGUAAAAGUCAUCAACACACUAACAAAAGUACACCCCCAAACCACCACCACCAACAACAAUCAAAUCAACAUAAGAAAUGAGCGCCAAACAACCAACAGUUGAAUAUGACCGCCGUAAAGAGGUGGAAGAUUUCGAAAACACGAAACUCGGUGUAAAAGGCUUGGUUGACUCAGGCAUUACUGAAAUCCCUCGUAUGUUUCACCACCCACCUGAUACCCUCUUUGAGCUCGAAGCUGACAGCCAUGACGGUCAUGAUCAUCUCAUACCUGUCAUUGACUUAUCGGGGCCUCAUCUGACGGUGGUGGAACAGCUUCGAGAGGCCUCUUCUAAGUUCGGGUUCUUUCAGGUUAUCAACCAUGGUGUUCCUGUUUCUCUGCUGGACCGCCUUGUUGCUGGUAUUAAGGCCUUCCAUGAGCUUCCAUCGGAGGAUAAGAUCCGAAACUACGGGCGUGAGUCCUUAGCUAGCGGUAAAGGAGUAGACUUCCACUCCAACUAUGACUUGUUUCAUUCAAAAGCUGCAAGCUGGCGGGAUAGUUUACAAGUUCGGUUGGGCCCUGUUCCUGUCCAUCCUAAUGAUAUCCCUCAAGUUUGCAGAGAUGAAGUGAUAGAGUGGGGUACUGAAUCGAAACAGCUAGCAGAAAGAAUCAUGGGAAUGUUAUCAGAAGGGUUGGGAUUACGCGAAGAUAGGUUGAAGGGCAUGUCGUAUUUGGGAAGGAUAGGUAUGACCGGACAUUACUAUCCGUACUGUCCAGAGCCAAAGAAGACUAUAGGAACUGCUGCACAUACAGAUCCUGGAAUUCUUACUGUGUUGCUUCAGGAUCAACUGGGUGGCUUGCAAGUUAAUUAUGACAACAAGUGGAUUAAUCUCAAACCAGUUCAUGGUGCUCUUGUUAUUAACAUAGGCGACUUGUUUCAGAUAAUAUCCAAUGAUGCAUACAAGAGUGGAGAACAUCGUGUUUAUGCAAAUCCUAAUCCGGAACCACGAGUGUCAAUUGCUGUCUUCUUCAGCCCAGGCAUUCAAGAGGACUUAUAUGGACCUCUGUCUGAGUUAGUUUCAUCUGAAAAGCCGGCGUUAUACCAGCAAAUUAAGUUUUUAGAUUUGGUCAAGACGUUUCUCACGAAAGAGCUCAAGGGCAAGAGCAUGACUGAUCACUUCCGACUCUAAAUUUAGGGUGUUUCUCUCAUAAUUAAUGACUUAAUGUUAGUGGGUGUAAUAAAAUUAAAUGAGUGAAAAGUAGUUAUAAUUUGUAAUUAUCCAACUUCAUUGAACAUACUUUAAUUUGUAAUGCUAAGCCUACAGUAGUCGUGAAUCUACUAAUAGUUGCGACUGUAGUCAUAAAUCAUAAUCAACAAGGGCUAUAAGCUUCUAGGAAAAAGCUUCGAAUCCGGUGAACUGCCUUUUGAACCAAACAAAAAGUAUAGAUAUCAAC